AAUCUGGAAAGGACACAUCAGCACAACUCAACAACAUGGAGAGACGAACGCACGAUAUAAUAUGACUUGAAUGAUUUUGACCAGUUUUAAACAGGCUUCGGCCCUAAUGUGGCUAUAUAUUGACGGAAAAACGACCAAUUAAUCUCGAAAUGUCUAUCAAAACACCGAAAACGAUCGUGAUUAACACCGCUCCUAACAAGAGCAACGUUUUAGAACUUCCACAGUCUACAAAUCUGUCAACAGCUGUCAUGGAAGGUUUGUUCGAGGACAGUGAGGGUGGCGGCCCUAAGAAAAGACGACGCCUCACCCACCUGACUUCCGAUGAAAAGAUGAUGAGAAGGAAGCUGAAAAACAGAGUAGCAGCACAGACAGCCAGAGACAGAAAGAAAGACCUUAUGUCCUCCCUUGAAUCACAACUGGCCAAAAUCAUGGAAGAAAACAAGAAACUUCUGAAAGAAAACAUAACACUUAAAAACCAAUCAGGGGCUCUUAUGCAAGAGAACUCCCAUUUGAAGGAACGCCUUGGUUCUGUAUCGCCUUGUAAGCCUGAGUCCGAGUACCCCGGGUCUGCAGUACUCUUUGCUCCUCUGCCGCAGGAACAAGCUCGGACACAGUCUCACUCGACGAUGCACUUAGCCACCUCCUAUCUGAUAGCCAGUCUCUGCUUAACUUUAUGCAGCAGGAUGACGCAAAGUCAGAAAAAGGAAGUGUCACUGUUAAUACACCACCAACCAAGUCCCUCAUCAAAACCAAGCCAGCAACACAAUCUGGUUCAGUGGUGGGGCCCUCAGCAACAGAGCUGGAAUCCCUCAAUGAACUCAUAAAGUUUGAUCAUGUGUACUACAAGAUUGAACCCUCAGAUGGGCAAACUGAUUCUGUAGGUCAAAACAAAGCCCAGAAAGUCAUUGUGGUCAGAUGUGGCGAUAACACUAACAACCAGAACAGCUCGAAAAAACUUGUAAAUAUUCACAUCACAAAAGAUGUGAGUGUGAAAAAAGUGAAUUCUACUUCUGUAGAAGAAUGUGUUGUUAUUGAUGAUAACAAAGACGAAGUUGUCGGUUCAGCUACAACAGAAAACAACCACCAUGAAAAUGUUCUAGACUUUUCCUCUAUUAUGCCAGAGGUAAACUUUGACUUACUGGAAGAUAUUGAGAGCAUUUUGGCAAGUGACCUGGAUAAUCAGUUUCCCCUGGAAAAUGUUGUGGAUUCUAAUUCACCGAACAGAAUAUGCACAUCAUCACAACCACGAAAUCUUGAAAUUCCCAUUUCAACAUCCAAAAACAAUAAGCGGAAACUUUCAGAUCUCGUUGAUACAGACAUUGGGUCAGGCUUAGCUCAAUCUGAAGAUUUGUUCAGUUUGAAUGAAUCAAUGGACACUGCUAGUGAUUCUGGAUUCAGUAGCGACACAUUCAGUGAUGCUGCUUCUCCAUGCCAGAGUGAUACUAUUGGGGGGCUCACUGAGGACUCUUGGGAGGAGUCAUUCAUGGAACUGUUCCCUGCUCUAGUAUGAUCCCAGUCCUCACGUUUGGCUCCUUCUAGUAUUUACUUCAUGUUAUUAGCAUUGUACAUACCCUCUUUAUUAACUUAUAUGCUUAGUGCAAUUCUUGAUGAGCAUCCUUUUUUGUGAAAUAAAAUUCAUUGCUUGUGAGGGUUCAAAUGCAAAA